AUGGCAUCCAGCAUGGAUAACAAUACCGUCUACUCCUACGAUAUAUCCGCCACGGACGUGCUCUAUCAGUGGAGCGCAUCGGCCAGCGGUGCACGUGCCAUCGCCCAGGACACAUCUGCAGCAGCAGCGGCAGCGGCAGUUGGCACCGAACGUGUUGGCUCGGGCAGCCUGAAUGAGACGCACUUUCUGCUGGUGGACUAUGCGACCAGCAUGAACGACAGUCUGGACUAUGCCUCCUAUCAGCAGCAUCUGGCGAGCACCGAGUGCCGUCAAAUGGACAGUAAUAUAACCUACUGGAAUCUCACCUGCGAUUCGCCAUUGGACUAUGCCCUGCCGCUCUAUGGCUACUGCAUGCCCUUCCUGCUCUUCCUGACCAUCAUAUCCAAUUCGCUGAUUGUGCUCGUGCUCAGCAAGAAGAGCAUGGCCACGCCCACCAACUUUGUGCUAAUGGGCAUGGCCAUUUGCGAUCUGCUGACGGUGGCAUUCCCCGCUCCUGGCCUCUGGUAUAUGUACACAUUUGGCAAUCAUUACAAGCCCAUGCAUCCGGCCUCCAUGUGUCUGGUCUACAGCAUUUUCAAUGAGAUCAUGCCCGCCAUGUGCCACACCAUCUCCGUCUGGCUGACUCUGGCCCUGGCCGUGCAAAGGUACAUCUACGUGUGCCAUGCACCGAUGGCGCGCACCUGGUGCACGAUGCCGCGCGUGAAGCGUUGCACCUUCUACAUUGCGCUGCUGGCAUUUCUGCACCAGCUGCCGCGCUUCUUCGACCGCACCUAUAUACCCGUUCAGAUCGAGUGGAACGGCAACGAGACAGAGGUGUGCCACCUGGAGACAUCGCUGUGGGUGCACGACUACAUCGGCGUCGAUCUGUACUACACCAGCUACUAUCUGUUCCGGGUGCUGUUCGUCAAUCUGCUGCCGUGCAUCAUUUUGGUGACCCUGAACAUAUUGCUGUUCGCGGCGCUGCGGCAGGCGCAGGAGCGGCGCAAGCUGCUCUUCCGCGAGAACCGCAAGAAGGAGUGCAAAAAGCUGAGAGACUCCAACUGCACCACCCUGAUGCUGAUUGUGGUUGUGUCUGUCUUUCUGAUUGCCGAAAUACCCAUUGCCGUCGUCACCUCCAUGCACAUCGUCAGCUCGCUGAUCAUCGAGUUCCUCGACUAUGGCAUCGCCAACGUCUUCAUUCUGCUGACCAACUUCUUUCUGGUGCUCAGCUACCCGAUCAACUUUGGCAUCUACUGCGGCAUGUCGCGCCAGUUCCGCGAGACCUUCAAGGAGAUCUUCAUGGGCCGCAUGGCCGGCAAAAAGGACAGCUCGUCGAAGUACUCCAUUGUGAAUGGCCCACGCACCUGCACCAACACCAACGAGACUGUCCUCUAGUAAUUGGUGAUGUUGGUGCCGCGGCG